AUGAUUGCUUGCACUAUAGUAUUCCUCGCAAUUUUGAGCCUGGUAGCGGCACAUAGGGAUCACAGCCAGACCCCUUUGGCCGGACCACACCAAGGGCUGUGGUAUAAUACGCUGCCAGGAGAUGGAGGCGCUCAAGCCGACUCAGUCUUCUCCGGUAUCUCAACUUUUGGUCGCCUUCCCUACUUCCCGUGCCUCUCGAGUGAAUCCGAGAAAUAUGACAUUGCAUUCCUAGGUGCUCCCUUCGACACCGGUACUUCUUACCGACCGGGUGCACGUUUCGGGCCCAGUGGUAUCAGACAAGGCUCUCGCCGUCUCAACCUUUACGGCGGAUACAAUGUUCCCCUCAAGUCAAACCCUUUCACCAGCGACUUGAGAAUUAUGGACUGCGGCGAUAUCCCCGUGACAUCCUACGACAACGCAUGGGCGAUUCAACAAAUUGAGGAAGGACACAACAGCAUUCUGAUGCGCAAACCUUUUACCAACGCCGACAAUGCUGGGCUCUCGCGGACCGGCAAGACACUGCCUCGUGUCAUUACCUUGGGAGGAGAUCAUACCAUCACGUUGCCUCUGCUGCGAAGCAUCAACAAGGCCUACGGCCCGGUGACAGUGAUUCAUUUCGAUAGCCACUUAGACUCGUGGAAGCCAAAGGUGUUCGGUGGCUCUCCUAGUCAGGUUGCUGCUAUCAAUCACGGUACUUACUUCUACCAUGCGGCUAUGGAAGGCUUGUUGAGGAACGACACCAACAUCCACGCUGGUAUUCGCACGACUUUGUCCGGUCUUUCGGACUAUGAGAAUGACGGAUAUUGUGGAUUUGAGAUUGUUGAGGCUCGUGAGAUUGACACAAUUGGCACGGACGGCAUCAUCAAAAAGAUUCGAGAGCGUGUCGGAACCGAGCACCCGAUCUACCUUUCCAUCGAUAUCGAUACUUUGGACCCAGCUUUCGCACCUGGCACUGGCACCCCCGAGACCGGCGGUUGGUCUACACGCGAGUUACGAACCAUCAUCCGCGGCCUAGACGGAUUGAACUUCAUUGGCGCGGAUAUUGUCGAGGUCGCACCAGCAUACGACACAAAUGCUGAGCUCUCGACUAUGGCCGCUGCCGAUGUUUUGUAUGAGGUCCUCACGAUGAUGGUGAAGAUGGGCCCACUCUCUAUUGGGGACAAGCAUGAGCUGUAA